AUCGAAUAUAGAAUGAAGAUUGAUUCAUAUCGAAUGCAUAUAGCGCGUGUCGAAAUCAGUAGAUUUAAUAUUAGAUAUAAAUCGGUUACUAAUCGGAAAAGCCAACGUUCUCGUUAUAAUGGGUAUUGUCCAAGCGUUUAUCAACAAAUGUGACAAGCUCUUCGUAAACACCGCCAGUUUGGAAGAACCGUCAUGCGUACCCUGCUUCGAGGAAGUGGACAGGAAGCCUGGUAAUCCCAGCAGCUUCGAGGAUCUUCAUGCGAAAAUCAAAGGACUCUAUCCCCAUAAUUUCGAUGGCGCGUACUUGCUGCUAAAGAAAAACUUGAGCAAGCAUUUCAACGUGACUUAUAAGAUAACCCUGAGUUCCGUCACGCCAUAUGGCCUCAAAUUUGGUGUGAAUUACAUCGGCACCAAACGGGUAGGAUUCAAGGAAAAGUAUCCGGUGAUCUCAGGUGAGAUCACGCCCAGCGGCAACUUGAGUGCCAGCUUCGUCCACACGCUCGGCUGUAGAUACAGAUUCAAGCUCGCGACACAGAUCGUCGGCAAGAAGUACAGGGCAUUCAGUUCCGGUCUGGAGUACCGCUCGGACGACUGCACGCUGGCGUUUACCCUGGCGAAUCCAGAUUUCGCGAGGUUGCACGGCACGCUGGUGUUGCACUACCUGCAGGCGGUCACGCCGAGGAUCACUCUUGGCACGGAGAUCGCGUGUCUACGCGGCUCCCUGAUACCCGGCGGUCAACAAACACUGAUGUGUGCCGCGUUCCGACACAGCACCGGUCCUACCACGCUUUCCGCUACAUUCGGCGAGGCGGGUAUCCACGUCUGUUAUCAUCGAAAGGCCAGCAAGCAGCUCCAGCUCGGCGUUGAGAUCGAGACUAACACGCGGAUACACGAGUCCGUGGGCACGAUCGUGUAUCGCGUCGAUAUCCCAUAUGCAGACUUCGUUUGUCGAGGAUUCGUCAAUUCGGAGACCAGCGUGGGCGCCGUGUUCGAGAAGAGGCUACACCCAAUUUCCGAGGCCACGUUAAUUAUAAGCGGCUUCCUAAAUCACAAAAAACAGCAGUUUCGCGUCGGCAUCGGUUUGAACGUCGGCUAAUGUCCUUGCAUGGCCAGUACAAUUUGUAGACUGUAAAUUUUGGACAUUCAGAAACAUUGCCCUCUUCAUAGUAUCUUGGAGGUUUUCCUUUCAUAUAUUCCAAUAUUAUUCAGAUAAGAGGCUAAGAUGAAAUAGAAAGUUUUAU